AAAGGGUUAAGAACAAUCGAAGAACGGCGACGAAGAUUUCUGAUUUGGCAGUUGCCAAAUGGCACCUCACAUUUUCUUCUGUUUGCGCGGCGAAGUGAAGAAAGAGAGAGAUUUCAGAUAAGAAGACCAAAACCACUGCGGAGGAAAAAUUCCCGCCCUCUUUCUCUCUACCUCGCUUCUUCCAUAGGGUUUCUUCUCUCUUCUCGGCCAUCUCUUCCGCAGCAUUUCUCACAAACUUCGCAGAAUUCGUUUCUGCAAUUGUUUCGAAAUUAUCUGCUUUCUCGUCGGUUUCUGUGGGCGUGUAUGAUUGGAGGAGCUUCUCUGCAGAUGUUUUUAUUCCCAGCGGUGUAAAACUUCUUCCUUCGCGUACAAUACAUUUGCAUAGUCUCAAUGGUUUGCUCAGUUGGAAGUGUGAGAAUGGCGGUGAUGACAAGGCUUCUGGCUGCUGGGAGUUUCUCGCGAACUAUUGCAGGAAUAAUGCCAUCUUCUGAGUUACAUUUCAUCUAUAAUUCAGAGUCAUAAUUAAUGUCCUUUUACUAUCGAGCAGAGGAAGCUGGUCAUCAGAAAUUAGCGUCUGAAUUUCUCUGCAGAGAAAUUCGUGAUGCAGAUGAAGCAAAUUUAAUUGAUGAAGAAGAUAUGCACGUUUUUGGUUUGAAGCCCAUGACCGAUCCUCUGAAUUUGGUUUGCUGCAAUAUCUGUAAGAAGCCAGUAAAGGCCAGCCAAUACAUCAUUCAUUCUGAACUUUGCAGGUCAUUAGGUUUGGGACAAGGAGCUAUUAUGGACCUUGAUGGUGGGAUGGGCCAUAGAAAACACUCGAGGAAGGAGAGGAAAAAGCUAUUACCUGCUGAUGCUAAUAUAUCAGCUCUGGAGAAAGAAGGAUCUGAAUCAGCAUAUGCUGAUUAUUCUGCUUCCCCUGCAUUUCCAACUAAUAACCAAUUUGAAAUGGUCAAGUUAACAAAAAGAAAUACCUACAAUGUGGCGCCUAUACCCGAUGAUUUUACAGGAGUCUGUCCUGGUGUUGUAGAUCAUUCAGCUAGUUUGACACAUCCUUCCACAAAGCGGUCCAAAUUGAUAACUGGUGAAGGACUGUUACUGACAUCUGAUUUAGAGCCAUCGUCAGCUAAAGCAAAAAUUAGAUAUGUUCCGUUUCCUCUUGCAAGUAAAAUAUAUUACUCUCAAAGAAAUAAUCAUUUACGUUCUGCGCUUGGUUAUCUUUACUGGGAGGCUGUUGCAUCUAGCAAGGAAAUUUGUAAUACGGUGGAUCAUGAAAUGACGAAGGAAAAUGUAAAACAAUUUGAUAAUUCUUCUCAGGAGGAGUCGUCCCAAGAACAAACAAAUGAGAUUAUUGGAAAGAAGGGAAAACUUAAAAGAAAGUUGCAUCACGAACAUCAGAUGGAUAGUCAUUCCUUAACCUCUGCAUUGAAACCUGACAACAAUCUGGCCAUAUUCUCAUCUGGAAAAUGUCUGCCUGCCGGUGGUGCCUCAAAUCAGUUUGUUGUUGGCAGCAGUGUUGCAUGGCCACAGAUUGCUCCAGUUGAAUUGACACAGAAAAAACUAUCCACCUAGACGGCUAGUCCUAACUAUUUUGAAGAUAUUUCAGGCAAACCAUUGUAGACUAGGCAACAGCCAAGCGGAAGUGUCCUUGUUGUAUAGAAGUCUUGGUGGCACGUUUUUGUAGGCACAGUGCUAUAUGUAAUUAACCCUAAACUUGAGGUUAGGACCAUAAACCUUGUUUUUUAUAUUGGCAAUGAAAAUCAUUUGAAAUUGUUCAUUCUA